AUGACUGCUUGCAACUUUGCUUGGUCUUGUAUGGCAAGUAAUAUAUUAUUUUUUAUAAUUAUAGCUAGACCUGAAUCAUAAUAUAAUUAUAUUUUUCUAAUUGAAAUUGGAUUCAAAAUACUGUUACAAAUUACAGAAAUCAUUGUAAUAAUAGUAUCAUUUGCUCUAAUAGAUGGAAAAAGAAAAAUAAUUAAAUAAGUUAAUGAUGAUGGAUGUGUAUCAGAUCCUGUUAGUGACUAUUUCUUUACUAAUUUGGAAAGUGAUUUAACUAAAUUUGCUUGGUCUUACAAUCUAGCAAAUUUAGUUAUAUUUGCUGUUACCCUUAUUCUUGAUCUAAUAAUAAUUAAACACUCAAUUAAUCAAGGACAUCAUCAUGGAGCAAAAAAACAUCAUGAAAAAUUAGAACAUCAAGAAUUAGAUGUAGGAUCAAAUGGUGAAUCAGGAAAUUAGUAAGAAGUUAAAAGUGAUUUAAAACUUUAAGUUAAGACAGAAGCUUUACAAACUCCAAUAUGA